AUGGAGGGCUUGGUUGGCACUAGAGCAGACUCGAACCAUCGACCGACCGAAGGUGUAGACACAGCGGAACUUCUUACCGACUGUGCUAUACCCACCUUUAACACUAGAGAUAUCCCAACAGUCCUGCAGCCAGUUCCUCUUCUUUUGUAUGAUAUGAACUAUGCGAAGAAUUACGUACAAUACAAAACUAGGGAUGGCCAGGCGAAACGUCCUGAAGGUGAGAUCGAAGUCAGAGCAGAAUUCAUUGUAGAGUGCCCACGAAUGGCCGAGGAGGCGAAAGAAGAGUUCCUCGAGUUCGAAACGGCUAUGCGGGAUUUCUCGACGAUGUUCCCGUCCAUUUCGCAUGCCGAAAUUGAACGUGUGCUGAGGUCGAACGACGGCGAUGUGGCCAGAACGGUCGAUGAUCUAUUGCUGAUCUCCUUGGAGACGACGCAGAUUUCAACGACAGCCUCUACAUCGUUCCGAAGCCAAAGUGCACCAUCUGCUGCUGCAAAAGCAGUGCAUUUCGCAUCUUCUGCUCGACGAUCAGCUGAUGACGCUUCACCUUCGAUGAGGGCUGGGAAAAUAUUGAGGGUUUCUCGACUCAGCGCAGAUGAUGUGGUGAGGGAACGUGCUCGUAUCGAGAAAAUGAAAAGAGAGAACGAACGACGACUGGACGUCGUAUGCGAUGAGAAGGAAGCUAGACUGCUCGAGGAUGAACAACUCGCGUUGCUGAUGCAAAACAAGGAAUUUAUUCGUUGGCUACGAAGGGAACAGUUUCCUUACAUGUCGUCUUCUUCGCACACAACAAAACCACAAAGGAAGCGGAGCUCACAUGGAAAAGAUCAUGGACCUCGAGUCCCGGAAGGUCCAGUGGUUGAUGAGCUCAUUAUCAAUGCCGAGCCAGAUCUAAAGGACAGGCUGAAGAACGUGAGCAAAGUCUCAAAGGAACGUCUCCUGCAACUUGCCGCUCGUUUCCGACGAAGCAAUGACGCUCAUCUUAAUGCUUUCUAA